CAGUUCUUAUGCCGGAUCGGCCGACACGGAGAAAGAGAGAGAAGCGAAGCCACGAAGCGAAGCAGGAAGCAAAAGCAAGCAAGAAGGGGGGAGAAAUCCAAUCCAAGCAUGAGGGCGUCGAUUAAUCGGCCGCCGACCCCGAAUCAGGAGGAGGAGCCGCAGAAGGAUCUCUCCCUCAGAGAAAUCAUCAACGUCAAGUUGGUAGAGAGUGGGGAGAAGGAGAAGCUGAUGGAGCUCCUCCGGGAGCGGCUCGUCGAGUGCGGCUGGAGGGACGAGAUGAAAGCUCUCUGCAGGGCCUAUGCAAGGAAGAAAGGAAGAAAUAAUGUUACAGUAGACGACCUUAUUCAUGUUAUUACUCCAAAAGGAAGAGCAUCAGUGCCUGAUUCUGUGAAGGCAGAGCUCCUGCAACGUAUCCGAUCCUUUCUCAUGUCCUCCUCCUCACUUCGGUAGUCCAUUUAUCAGAAUCAUUGGAGCCACAGAUAUGAACGUUUUGACGCUGAUCUGUGGGGAGGAACAGUGCAGGAAUACAAUGCAUCUGCUGAUACGAACACCAAAAUGAUGAGACAAUCUUUGUAGUGUUGUCAACAUGUUUCUCUGUCAGGCAGGCAGUUGGGCCUUUUCUCAGUCUGUAACUCUUUACCACUCUCUUAAGGUGUGAACCUUGAAAAAUGUAUUUGUAAUGGAACCUCACAGCUUGUUAUGCUGCAUCAUGUUGGCUUGGCUGCCUCUAGAUAGUACUUGGGAAAAGUGACAUAUCUUGAUAA